AUGAUCAAGCACACAAUUAUCUCGCGACUCGACGGUCUGAUCCUGACUGCUUCGGUUGACGAUGGGCAAGAAGACGCAGAAUUCAGCGAGGUCAAGGGCAAGGUCAAGCUCGUCCAGCGCCGCCUAAAUCGCAACUCAGAGCCGCAAGCCAGCAUCGAAAGCGGCUCCUACACAUACCACUACCUCAUCAGCGGCGAUCUCUGUUUCCUCUGCAUAUGCGACCGCUCCUACCCCCGAAAGCUCGCCUUCACGUAUCUCUCUGAUCUCUCGCAAGAGUUCACCACCAUCUACCAGCCACAACAGUACCUCUUACCGUCGUGCCGGCCGUACGCAUUCGUAGAGUUCGACACUUUCAUCCAGCGCACCAAGAAGACAUACCAAGACUCGCGGGCAACACAGAAUCUCGAUAAACUCAACGAUGAGUUGAAAGACGUGACAAAGGUCAUGACGAAGAACAUCGAGGAUCUGCUGUACAGAGGAGACAGCUUAGAGCGCAUGGGAGACAUCUCGAGCAGACUAAGGGAAGACAGCAGAAAAUACAAGAAGGCGGCAGUCAGGAUUAAUUGGGAGCUCCUGCUGAAGCAGUACGGUCCGAUUGGAGGUCUUGCGUUCAUCGUCAUCGUGUUCAUUUGGUGGAGAUUUUUCUAG